AGUGGAAACGUGCCCCUCAGUCGCGAAAGGUCGCGCUGGUGGGGCAACGAAACGGCGGUCGGUGUGGGGGUUACCGUAAGGUGGACGUGUGCCCCUCAGUCGCGAAAGGUCGUGCAGAGCCCCUCCCCCUUCCCCGCCCUCCCGCCCGCUGCGGUAAGGAUGGCGGCUGAGUUCCACCUGCGUACCGGGAAGCUGGUGGCUCUGCUCAAUGGCAACCGCACGGCCAAGCGCAACAAGCCCACCGAGGAGUUCAACCACGGCCUGGCCAUGAGCCGGGAGCCGCUCGGCGACGGGCAGCUCUUUCAGGUGCGCAUCGACCGAAAGGUGAAUUCCUGGAGCGGCUCGAUUGAGAUUGGGGUGACCGCGUUAGAUCCCAGCACGCUGGACUUCCCCAGCAGCGCCACUGGACUGAAGGGCGGCUCGUGGAUUAUCUCGGGCUGUUCGGUGCUGCGGGACGGCCGCUCGGUGCUGGAGGAGUACGGGCAGGACUUGGACCAACUGAGCGAGGGCGACAAGGUGGGCAUCCAGCGGACGGCUGGCGGCGAGCUCCACCUGUGGGUGAACGGCCGGGACUGUGGGGUCGCCGCCCUGGGUUUGCCCUCAAAGGUGUGGGCAGUCGUCGACCUGUACGGCAAGUGCACUCAGGUGACAGUGCUGGGCUGUGACACCAUCGUACGGAGAGAGGAGCCCCUCAGGUCUGCCACGACUGAUGAAGGUUUUGUGGGGAUGGAACUCUCAGACGUUGUGAACAACGCCAUCCUCUCAGCGUACAACGGCAACCUGCUGAAUGUCAGCCUGGGCAGCCCCCUGGACAGCUGCUCUGUCACCUCCAACGAUGCCCUGCUCUUCCAUGAGAAGUGCGGCACCCUCAUCAAACUCAGCAACAACAACAAGACGGCGGAGAGGAGGCGGCCACUCGACGAGUUCAACAACGGCGUGGUCAUGACCAACCGGCCGCUGCGGGACAACGAGAUGUUUGAGAUCCGGAUUGACAAGCUGGUUGACAAGUGGUCUGGGUCCAUUGAGAUUGGCAUCACCGUGCAUAAUCCAAAUAACUUGGACUACCCGGCAACAAUGACCAAUCUCCGAUCAGGGACAAUUAUGAUGAGCGGCUGUGGAAUCCUGACCAAUGGGAAGGGGACACGGAGGGAGUACUGCGAGUUCAGCUUGGAUGAGCUGCAGGAAGGAGAUCACAUCGGCCUCAUGAGGAAAUCCAGUGGAGCCUUGCACUUUUACAUAAAUGGCAUUGACCAAGGGGUAGCAGCCACCCAGACCCUGCCCACAGUCUAUGGGGUGGUGGAUCUCUAUGGCAUGGCAGUGAAGGUGACCAUUGUCCACAAUCACAACCACUCAGACCGGCUGCGCAGGAACAAUGCCAUCAUGAGGGCGCUGUCGCCGGACGUGGGGCGGCGUGUCUUCGAUUCGGGGGAUGGCGAGGUGGAGCGGCUACUCUUCCACCCCAACUGCGGGCAGAAGGCUGCCAUCGUCUGUGACGGCCGGACUGCCCUGAGGCCGCAUGCAACAGAUGACUUUAACCACGGGGUGGUGCUCAGCAACAGGUCCCUCAGGAGCAAUGAGAUCUUCCAAGUCCGUAUUGACAAGAUGGUAGACAAAUGGGCUGGGUCCAUAGAAAUCGGCGUUACCACUCACAAUCCUGCUUACCUUCAGCUACCGUCCACUAUGACUAAUCUACGCUCAGGUACUUGGAUGAUGACUGGUAAUGGAGUGAUGCACAAUGGAACUACCAUUCUAGACGAGUAUGGUCACAACCUUGAUCGCUUAAAGGCAGGUGACACGGUCGGCGUCAUGCGCAAAGAAGAGGGAAGCCUGCACUUCUUUGUGAACAAUGUGGAUCAAGGGCUUGCAGCAUCCAACGUGCCAUCCAACGUUUACGCCGUGGUCGAUCUCUAUGGCCAGGCUGCCCAAGCCACCAUCAUCGAUGACAUAGAUCUGCCACCUCUGCCUGAUGACGUGUUGGAGGGCAAUAAUCAGAUCUCUCCCUGCAGCCUCUUCUCGCUCACCCCCAGCAACGACCUCCGAUUCCACCACCUCCAUGGGAACAAUGCCGUGAUCACGAACGGUGGGCGGACUGCCUUCCGCCAGAACUGCCGCAGUGAAUUCAACGAUGCCAUCGUCAUGUCUAGCAGAACGUUGAAGGAAGGGGAAAUGUUUGAGAUUCUAAUUCAGAAGAUGGUGGAUCGGUGGUCCGGAUCAAUAGAGGCAGGUGUUACAGCAAUUCGUCCAGAGGACCUCGAAUUCCCCAGUACCAUGACAGAUAUAGACUAUGACACCUGGAUGCUGAGUGGCACGGCCAUCAUGCAAGAUGGGAACACGAUGCGGAACAACUACGGCUGUGACCUGGACUCGCUGACCACUGGUUCGCGGAUCGGGAUGAUGCGCAGCACAAACGGUGAUCUCCACUAUUACAUCAACGGGGUGGACCAGGGUGUUGCCUGCUCAGGGCUGCCGCCAGAGCUGUAUGCUGUGGUUGAUCUAUAUGGGCAGUGCGUCCAAGUGUCCAUUACCAGUGGCUCAUUACCAGUAGACAACAGCCUGUCCCUGAGCAACGCCACUGAGAAAUCUUUCCCAAUACACUCUCCAGUCCCCGGCAUCACACACCGUUUCCAUACCAACUGCGGGAAGUACGUGUCACUUCAGAACGACGGCUGCCGAGCAGUAAGAGUCCACGGAUUCUCCCACGGGAUUGUCUUCAGCAUGAAGGAACUGAAGCCCGAUGAAAUCUUUGAGGUUAAGAUUGAUGAGAUUGACGAGCAGUGGUCCGGCUCGUUGCACAUCGGGCUGUCCACUCUUCAGCCAUAUGAGAUUUGCGCCUCAUCCGGGUUGCCCUCUUCGUUGCUGGAGCUGAGGUCGAAGGUCAGCUGGCUGGUCAGCGGCUCGGAGGUCAGGCGUAAUGGUGCUCUGCAGAAACAGAACUACGGCUUUUCACUGGAACGGCUGACAGUAGGAAACAGAGUUGGUGUGAAGCGGGGCGGCGAUGACACCAUGCACAUCUUCGUUGAUGGAGAGGACAUGGGUGUGGCAGCAGCAGGUAUUGCCAAGAACGUUUUUGCAGUCGUGGACCUGUAUGGGAAAGUAGUGGCUGUGUCGAUCGUGAGCUCCAGCACCCUGGAAGAGAGCGAGGGCACCAAGCCGCCCUCAAUGUCAUCGGCCAGCUGCAGUGAAGAGGAGGAAGACCUGAGCCCGUGUGAGAAUGAGGCAUCAGUGUUCAUGUCAACCAUCGAGUUCAUGGAGAACCAUGGCAGGAACAUCCUGUUGUCCAACGAUGGGCACACUGCUACCCGUGUAGCCAGCUACAACCAGGGUGUGGUGGCGUCCGCCCAGCCAUUGCCCAGGCAGCUGCUUUUUCAGAUUAGGAUUGACCGUUUAAACACCCAGUGGACCUCGUCGCUCUCGUUGGGUGUGAUUGGACAUUGCCCUGAGCGGUUUAAUUUCCCAGGCACCGCCUCUUCAAUCAAACGUUCUGCUUGGCUGAUUCAGCGAGGCUCUGUGUUUCAUAAUUCCUUAAAGAUUUGUGACAAUUAUGGUCCCAAUCUGGACACGUGCCCUGAAGGAACUGUCCUUGGGCUCCUAGUGGACAACACGCAAGGUCUGCACCUGUAUGUUAAUGGGAUGGACCAAGGCAUUGCUGCCCAAGACAUUCCUAACCCUUGUUUCGUAGUCGUCGACCUGUACGGUCAAUGUGAACAGGUUACCAUAGUGACCAACGAUAUCAUGGCCCCGGGAGGUGAUGGCAGCCACUUACGUUGCCAGGGUGACGUGGAGAAAGCUGACGUGGUUGAUGGAAUCAAGGAGAACCUGUGCUGGACACCACCUCCUGAAGUGAAUCCCAAGAAGACUUGCGAAUAUCAAGCCCUCUGUGCCAGGUUCAAGGAGCUCCUUCCUCUGCCAGAUGGAUACUUCAAUGAGGAGCUGAAAUGCAACCUGUGCUACUGCGAAUCCUGUCAUAAGCUGCGCGGAGACGAGGCGUACUACAAACGGGGCGACCCACCCAAGGACUACGCCCUCCCCUUCGGCUGGUGCAGGUUCGCCCUCAGGUUGAAUCCACGCUGCGAGGUCACCAACGUUUACAAGAAGUGGCACACGGCUUAUCACGGUACUUGCAUGGGGUCCCUGAGGCGUGCCCUGGACCAUGGAGAGCUGGUGUCAGCAGGAAGCUCGUCAAUAUUCUGCACCAAGCAGAGGAAGGUGGAGCUACAGAAUGGAUACAAUGAGCCUGAGGGGAACAGUACGCAGGAGAAGGAUGCGGUGAAAGUCAGCCUCUCUCCCACAAUGCGCUACAUUGGGCUGGACCACUUCUGCCCCAAAAUACGGUUCAAGGACGUGAAAUCACAGCGGCAUCAUCAGGCACAGGUGGCCUUUCAGGUGUGCGUGCGACCAGGCUCGUACAAGAUUGGGCCUCAGUCCAUCGGCGCCAGCGAGUCCAUCGACCCCAGGUUCAGUAACAACGAGAUUGAGUGGAUCACCAAGGAGAGAGCCUCGACAGUCCUCUAUGGCCUCCUGAUCCGGGUGGAGUGAAGGAUCUCUGCUUAAAGGACAGCAACUCCCACCCCACCCACCCCUCACUGUUCCGAGGAGAGAUGGAGUGUGUGCAAGAUCCCUGGGAGAUACCUGACGUGACUUGAACUGAAGUGGCAGCAGCAAGUGGCUGACUUUGGCUGUUCAGGGUUGGGGAGUGGAAGUGUAGGUGGCGUGGGCUGAGGGAUGGGUGUGGGCAGGACUGGAACUCGUGGGACAGUAGCAUCUGCCCUUGCACACUUUUACACAACUCUCGCACUACUGGAACACUGCACUUUUGACUCUUGUAUCGACUGAAUGACAAACAAGAAGAAUUCAAGCUAAGCUGUUCAUUUGGAAUUACUGUUGUGCCUGAGGGAAAUGCUGAUGGGAAGUCUGGGGAUGUGGGUGGGAGGUUGGGUGGGGUUUCCACUGCAACAGUCCAUUUUGUAGGUUUUUAAACAAGGAAUUAAUGAACUCUCUAAUGGUUUCCUGGGCCAGCGUCGGAGGCUAGAAACAUCAGAUAUCAGUAGAAGUGGCUUCUGCUGCUGGCUACUUCCAUUACCUCUUCUGGCGGAGUGUUGGAGAGGUUUGUCUUGCAAUUACAUUGUCAAGUCAGCCAGCAGAACUGACCGCCUGUGACCAGAGAAGUGCAGCAGCAGGCUUCCCUCGGCCAAA